AUGAAUCUCCUUCCUCAAACCACAAGGCAGCGCAUUCUGGAAGCUGCUGAUGUUGCCGGAAAGCUGAUGCCUCUCGUGGAAGCUACAAAGGCUAUUAUCGGGCCUAUUGUCGGGCCUAUUAUCCGGCACAUCAGAUAUCUCGGCACGAGUGGAGAAAAUGUGGCAGCUCUAACCGGCGCCAUGGAUAGAUUGAAAGCUACGAGGGCUGGCAUCGUCGAAGAUAUCGAAAUCGCCGAGAGAGAAGGGAGCAAGCGCACUCCAGAAGUCGACGACUGGCUCAAGAGGGUGGAAGCGGAAGCAGGUGAAGCGGCCAAAAUGGAAGAAGCCUGCCGGAAGAGGAAGAGGUUGUGGGGAGUCCCCUUCGACUGUGUCUCGAGCUACAAAGACGGCAAGAGAGCCACGAAGAAGGCUAAGGUGGUGGAGGAGCUGCAAACUGAAGCACGUUCUAUCGUCGUCGCGAGGAGGUUGCCGCCGGCGUCGGUCCAGGAGAUGCCUCCAAUUCCCGGGUUGGUAGCAAUUGAGUCAACUGUGAACGAAGUCCUGCUCCGCCUUGAUGAUGAUAGCGUGGGUAUCAUCGCGAUUUGGGGCAUGGGAGGGCUUCAGAAGGGAAUAGCCGAUAAAUUGGGACUGGAACUGGAGGGCCGCAGACAGCCAGCGAACACGGUCCUCUUCGAGUGCCUCAAGAGCAAGAACUUCCUGCUGCUGCUGGAUGACCUGUGGAGAGGCUUCGAGCUGGAGGAUGUGGGGAUCCCGCGUCCCGGCACCGGAGGGAAUCAAUAUAAGCGCAAAGUCAUUCUCACGACCAGAAGGCAGGACGUGUGCCGCAAAAUGAGAGCCGUCGAGAUCCCGAUGAACUGCUUGCAGCCGCCACAGGCCCUGGAUCUGUUCAAAUUUCAUGUCGGUGAGCCGACCCUCAGCUCUCACCCUGACAUACCUGACCUUGCAGGAGAGGUUGCGAAGGAGUGCAGAGGCUUGCCGCUUGCCCUCAAGACCAUCGGAAAGGCCAUGUCUAACCGGAGGGAACCAAGAAACUGGAGGCACGUAAUCGAGCUGCUGAAGUCCUCUAAGCAUGCUGAGAUCCAGGAAAUGGAGAUCCUACCGGAGGAGAGUGAAGAAAGAGAUUUGUUUCGCAUAUUACAGCUCAGCUAUGAUAGCUUGCGUGAUGACACGACGAGGCAAUGCUUCUUGUCCUGCUGCUUGUGGCCCGAAGACGAUUCACUUUGGAAAGAUAAUCUUAUAGAAUGCUGGAUGGGUCUAGGCUUAAUCGAUGACUCAAAUGGGAACUUGUCCUGGGGUCACGAAUACAUUAGAAUCCUGGAAGGAGCAUGCUUGCUGGAGCCUGGUGAAUUUGAAGGGAGUGUGAAAAUGCAUGACGUUAUUCGAGACUUAGCAAUAUGGAUCGCUUCCGACUGCGGGCAGAAAAAGAAUAAAUGGUUGGUUCAAGCUCGUGUUGGUCUGAAGGAAUCAAUAGAUGUGAAACAGAAAUGGGUUGAAGCAGAAGCAGCAGAAAGAAUAUCGCUAAUGAAUAAUUAUAUAGCAGAAUUGCCCCAAUACCUUCCUGAUCGCCCGAGUCUCAAAGUCUUGAUGCUCCCGUGGAACUUGUCUCUUACAUGGAUCCCACCUGACCUUUUCCAAUGCAUGCCUGCUCUUACCUACCUAGAUCUAUCCCAUACUGUUGAGAGAGAGAUGAAGAGGAUAGAGAAACAAGGAAGAAAAGCAUAUGCUUGUAUAUUUCUUCAUUCUCAGAACAGUGUCAUAGCCCUCUCUUUUAUAGAGGAGGGUGGCUGUGUACAAGUAAGGUACAGCUAA